AUGGGUAAUUCGUACAAUAACAAAGAUGAAGAAGACAUUUUGCUACUAUCGGGAGUAGGGGCGGAUCCACAUAUGGCCAAGAAGGGUCAACUGACCCUUGCAAGCCCGGAAUCCGCCAUUGGAGGCAAAGAUGUUGACCCCUGCAAAUUGCCCACAAACUGCUUGAUGCUUCAGAAGGUGCAGCACAGCAGGCAUAUUACCUUAUUUUCAUUUUCAGCAUUUUAG